ACCAGUACCUGUGGCUUCCAGUAUUGCCUCUUAUGAAUCAAUUGUUAUCAACAGGUGACAGUGCCGGAGGUAAUUUGAUUGCAGGACUUACCAUCAAGUGCUUGGAGCUUGGAAUACGCCCAGCGGAUGGUCUGUUUUUUGCAUACACACCAUUUGUCUUUGAACUUGUUCCAUCACCUGCUAGACUUUUGGCUGUCAUGGACCCUAUGUUGCCUCUAGGUUUUGCUCUGAGGUGCCUUAAAGCAUAUGCAGGUGUUGCGAGUGGAGAAACUUCUCGAGUAACAUCGCCUGGAGAUGUAACUCUACCAACCCUCAGCUCUCAAGCAUCCAGGAUCUCCACAAACUCAGAGCUCACAGAAGGUCAAACAGAAACAGAUGAUACUCCAGCUUCACUUAAUGUGCCACAAAACAAGUCAGGAGUGUCAGAUACUCAGAGUGACACAGAGUCUUUUGUGGAAGUUUCAGAGAGCGAUGUUAAAGAAGCUGAGGCAUUGGUCAAAAGUCCUUCUUUCCUCUCAGACCCUGGAUCUGACACCCUUACUACAGUAUCACUUACAUCUGAGGCUUCAAAACUAGAAGAGUCAUCUACCAAGAAUAGCAAUGGAAGCGGGAACCAUAAACCUGAAGAAAAAGAGGAAAGAUCUAGAAGAUACGUGACUGAAUUUUUAGAAAAGUAUGUCCUCGAUUCUCGAACAGAUAAACAGGUAAGUUUCUGAUUUUAUAUGUCUACA